AUGCCAGCCAACGAAAAGAGCAGUCGAAGAGUUCCGACCAGACCACCGGCAACCAACACUCGGCCUGCCCCGGACCCCCGUGACCAGGAGCUCCGGGCCCUGCGUGUGGAGCUGCUCCAUAGAGGCGAGAGAGGAACACGUAGCAGUAAAUUACAUUCAAGGGGUUCAACGCCACCUACUCCUGACCAGAAUGGUUUGGAGAGCAACGUUGAGGAGAGUGACAGUCCUGGCAACACAAAGCUUGGUCGGGGUGUGCUAACCACCCUCCCUGCCAAGGAAAAACGGAAACCAUUCUUUAAAAAGACUGAGAGCUUAAGCCCCCAUGACGUAGUGCCUUCAGUGAGACCAGUGGUCCUGGUGGGGCCCUCUAUCAAGGGUUUCGAGGUGACAGACAUGAUGCAAAAGGCUUUGUUCGAUUUUCUCAAGCACCGCUUUGAAGGCAGAAUCAUAAUAACCCGAGGGACUGCUGACAUAUCAUUGGUAAAGGGCUCUGCCGUCAACAAUGCCGGCAAACGUGCGCCUAUAGAACGCUCAAACAGCCGAACAAGCUUCCUAGCGGAAGUGCAACAAGAUAUUGAACGAAUAUUCGAGCUGGCAAGGACGCUGCAACUGGUUGUCCUUGAUUGUGAUACCAUUAACCAGCCCUCACAGUUGGCCAAAACUUCACUAGCACCUAUUAUCGUUUAUGUAAAAAUAUCUUCACCAAAAGCCUUUCAACGCCUUAUCAAAUCUAGAGGCAAAUCACAGAGCCGGAAUCUCAACGUACAGAUGGUGGCUGCAGAAAAAUUGGCACAGUGUCCACCUGAGAUGUUUGAUGUGAUUCUGGAUGAGAACCAGCUGGAGGAGGCGUGUGAACACCUGGCCGAGUUUCUGGAGACUUACUGGUGGGCUGCACAUGAUAAGCCCUUGGGCUGA